UGUCAUUGCACACGGAUGUCGACAUUUCCAUACGAAUAUCAACGAACAGGGUACUUGCGUCAGUCAGCCAGAGUCAGAGACCGAUCACAGCAUCCGACGAGCAAAAUUUCUAUUAUGCGUUACGAAAGCUAUGGAAAUUUAACGAGUCACAUACACAUUACUAGACCACGUGCCAUUUCUGUUUCUUAUCUAUGGUUUGUGGCAGUGAUGCCCUCGUCGGAGGAGGAAAGCCAGUGGCUCGUUGGCAGCGGGGGUGGUCUUGCAUCUUCCGGCGGUGGCACGAUAUCCGGAACUGGAGAACGUACGUUAAACAUUAGAGGAGGAUUAUAUACUGAAGAGAUGACGACUCAACCAACGAAUACAAACACUGCAAGUGUGAACACUGGUUCAGCCGAUUCUGCUGAACAUGAUCUUAUUGACUCUACUGCGGAUGCAACACUUUUAGCACAAUUUCACGAAGAUGCUAUCAAGCAGGCUGGUGUUGGUUAUUUCCAAUUAUUAGCUGCUCUAUGCACAGGUUUGAGUCUUGCAGCAGAUACUGUUGAAUUUUUUGUUGUACCAUAUAUUUUACCAAGUGCUGAAGUUGAACUUUGCAUUGAGGACAAUGAAAAAGGAUGGCUCAGUAAUAUUACUUUAAUGGGCCUUGCACUAGGUGGACUAUUUUGGGGUGGUUUGGGAGAUAGAAUUGGUAGACGAAGAUCUUUAUUAUCUGCAAUGGCUGUUCAUGCUUUAUUUAGUGGUGUUGCAACUUUUAUGCCAACUUAUGGAACUUUUAUGUGUGCUAGAUUUUGUUCUGCAAUUGGAGUAGGAGGAUCUUUACCAUUAGCAUUUACAUAUCUCGCAGAAUGUUGUCCAAGAUUAAGCAGAAGUAGAUGGGUUGGUCUAUUAGUAGCAGCAGGAGCAUUGGGAGGUGUAUAUGCAGCUCUUUUAGCAUGGGUAGUAGUUCCUACAACUGGAGAAAUGGUAGUUCUUGAAAAUAAAGAACAUUUCAGUGCUUGGCAUCGCUUUCUUUUACUUUGCUGUUUACCUGCAUUAUGUUCUACUAUUGGGCUUAUUUUUCUACCAGAAAGUCCAAGAUAUUUGGUAGAAGUUGGCAGAGAUGUGGAGGCAAUGAUGGUUUAUCAGAAAAUAUAUAAAAAAAAUAAUACACGGAAAGGUGCAACAGGUGCACAAUAUCAACUUUCUGAAUUAGAGCUUCCAACUAAAAGGCCUCGUGGUUUAGCACCUCCAUCUCCUAGUAAUCAUACUAGUGUUUUGGCUGAUAUUAUUUAUUCCAUUGAGAUGUUCUGGAAUUCCUUUUUAGAAUUAUUUGUAUCGCCUCAUUUGCGCGUCACAGUAGUGCUUAUAAUUAUUUGGUCAACUGUAUCAUUUGGAUUAUAUGGUCUUAUGGUAUGGUGUCCUGAGUAUCUUAAACUUUUGCGUGCUACAGAAUAUAAAGCUCAUAAAGUUCUAUUUCAUGAUGAAAUAUACACAGGAAGAACAUUCAAUGGUUCUUUAGAAAAUUGUCAAUAUAAAGAUUCAACAUUUUUGAAUUGCAAAUUCAGUAAAAUGGUAUUCAGUCAUGUAGAUUUCGAUAAUUGUACUUUUCAAUCCGUAGAAUUUAAUAACAUAAAAUCUAGUAAAACUCAUUUUACACACAGUAUUAUUGUGCAUUCAAAAUUUGUAGAUACGGAUCUAUCUGCACAAGUUUUUACAAAUUGUACACUUGAAAAUAAUACAGAAUUAAGUUUAAGAGGACCGUGUCCGACUCUUGAUUUGGAUUAUAAUAUUUACAUAGAAGAAGCAUUACAUGGUCAUCUUGUUGCUCAAUUAUCCUUUGUGCCUGCUGCUGCUUUAGCAGGGCUAGCACUUACUGUGUUUCAACGGCCAAAGAUGAUUGGUAUUUCAUUAUUUUUCUCCUCAAUAGCUGCUUUAUGUUUAAUUUUAGUGGGCACAAAUAGUUCUGCAGUGCUUGGUUUUGAAGGUGGUUUUAUAGCAGUUUUUGCUAUUGCUUGGACAUCUCUUACAUUGGUUACAAUUGAGAGCUUCCCAACCCAUUUAAGGUGUACUGGUUUCGGUUUUAUAGCAGGCGUCAUAAGAAUAUGUGGUUUAAUAGGAACUACAACUUAUAAAACCUUAGUUAGCGCACCUCUUAUUGCGCCUGCAUUGCUAACCGCAUUACCGUUAUUAGUAGCUAGUGUUGCAACAUUCAAAUUGCCUCAUACACAUACAGUUUUCUUGUAAGGAUAUUACGAGUAAGUGAAAAAAAAAAACAGAGAUGUGUCAUAUAAAAGACGUUUUUAAUAUUUUAAUGAAUUAUUUAUGGAAUCUGUUAAAAUAGUUUCAUUUGAUAUUCUUACAUGAUAUAAAAAAUUUCGUGAGAAUGUUAUUAAAUUUAAAAGUUCAGUUUUUAGUAGGAAUAUUUGGACAAACAUUAUGUAAAAUGAAAUAUUUUCGACAAAUUCUUAAAUUUAUAAAUUUAAUAAUUAUUAUUUUUCUUUUGAAGUGUGACUUCGUACAAAAUGGCAUAUCUUAAAUUAUUAAAUGAAACGAUAAAUCGUGAUUUACAUAAAAAUUUGAGUAUAUUAAGCGCACAGAGGUUCAAAAUUAACUAUCUUGUACGCUACGAUAUGGAUUUUCUAUAAAAUUUUAAUAUGUGUGUUUUAAGUGCUGUUAAAGGCAAUUGUUAUAGUAGAAAAAUCUUAGAAAAAAGUAAAAAGUAUAUGGAAAUUUAAUAUUUGAAUGAUAUUAGAUGAAAUUUCAUGUAAAACUUAUACUCCAAGAUUUUAUUCCAUCUAACAUCAAAAUCAUUGUUCAAUUCAUUCUUCAUAAAAAAAAAAGUAUAAUGCACAUAUAUUUAUAAAGUUAUUUUAAUAAGGCAAUAGCCAUGAAACGUGUCAAUUUUAAUGGAUGAAAAAAAAGUGAAAUUCCUCAUCCAUACUGAUACGUCAAAAUAUAACAAAAAAUUAAACACUAGGAAAUUUUGCUUAUUAAAUAUGCAUUUGAAUAUUUGGAAUAGAAAAAUAGAGAAUGUUAUUUAUAGUGUGUAUUUUUUUUCUUUACAAUUAGAUUAGAUAGACUAUGCAUGAUUCCAAAAUUAUUAUAUUUUAAGUAUUUCAAUUGAAAAAGUUUGCCAAGGACAGUAUCAUGAAAAUUUUUAUAUUUACAAUUGCUAUACGCUUUUGCUAUUUGAGAAAUAUAUGUAUACAUAUAUAUAUAUAUACAUAUAUAUAUAUAUAUAUAUAUAUAUAUUCUAAGAAAAUAGAUAGGGAACCUCGAAUCGAGUAAUAAUAAAUUCUUUCUAAUGUGAAAGGAAGGUAAUCAAGCAAAGAUAUAUUCAGUAUACUUUUGCUUUUUAAUAAUUAACUAGCUUAUAUUUACUCUUAAUAUUAGAUUUGACUAAAAAGCAUUAUCCAUGCAAUCCAUGUAAAUGCUGCCGUUCGUAAAUUCCCUCAAAACUAAAGAGUUGGAAUCGAGAGAUGGAAGCUUUAGCUUCAUUUAUUAUAAAUUUGAGAGAUUAUUGUCUCUAGUCAACUUUUAAUCAUCUUUAAGCUUAUAAAAUGCGAAUGAAUUUUAAAAAAAAAACGCGUCAAUCUUUCUAAUACUUUCAAACGAAGUAGAUGAAAUUAUUUUCCACAAAAAGAAUAUAUACUAUCAUCUUACUUAUAAAACUUGCUAAUUGCAUUUUGCAAUCUUGGCUAGAAUUUCAUUGUUAUUGCGGAAAAGAAACCGUGAUGACAUGCCAAAGCUAAAAAAAGUACUGGUUCCUCAGAACGGAUGACUAUUUUUAGGCAAUAAGAAUAUAAAAUAAGUUUUAUGAUAUGAUUAUUGAAAUAUCUCAUUCUUAUAUAUUGAAACUUAAAAUAUUACUAAGUAUUUAAGGAAGUUUAUUAGUGAGAUAAAAACAAACUGCUGUUGGCAAACUUAAUCAUAUAAAAAUCUACGUCCCAUCAUGGUUAGUGAAUUUUUCAUAUCAAAUUGUUGAUAUCUAAUUUAAAAAUAGAAAAAAAAGAUGGUAAUAUUAUGAAUCGAGUGCUAUGGCUAGUGUUAUUUAAAAAGAAGUAGAAACGAGUUAAAAUUAUUUUAUUAUUCGCACAAGUUUCCAUAUAAUAAUUCUAUUUUUUUAUUAAAAAAAAAAAAUAACGUAAUAAUUUUAAUAUUUAAAAAAAUUGCUCGUUUCUACUUUCGCAAAUUGUAUUUAUGAAUUUGACAAUGAAACAAGUCUGUGCUAGCAUUAUAAAUUAAAGAUAAUCUUUAUAAUUAUGAAUGAAAAUAUUGGCUCUUUCUUUUUUUUUU